AUGCGACGGUUGAGCGCGAAACAGCGGCGAAUUCUGAAGGCAACAUUUGCCGAGCUGGAGGCUGAUGGCGUCAAAUACAUCUUGAGGGUCUUCGUUUUGCUCUUUUCCGAGCACCCGGGCUACAAGCAAAUUUGGCCCCAGUUCCGGCAGAUUCCAGAUUCCGCGCUGAUCAAUGCGAUCGAGUUGAAAAGAAAGAGACAGAAUCCAUUUGUCGUUUACAUAAUG